AGCCUUUGCCUGGAUCAUUAGUUUUGAAGCCGUGUGUAAAUUUUCCUCUCUCUGUCUCUGUCUCCGCCUCACUCAAAAAACUUAUUUGGGAUUUGGGUCUGAGAGUAAGAGAGCAUCCAUGGGAAGAGCUCCAUGUUGUGACAAAGCUAACGUCAAGAGAGGACCAUGGUCUCCUGAAGAGGAUGCCACUCUCAAGAGCUAUGUUGAGUCUCAUGGCACCGGUGGAAAUUGGAUCGCUUUGCCUAGAAAAGCUGGCCUUAGACGAUGCGGCAAAAGUUGCCGGUUAAGAUGGCUAAAUUAUCUGAGGCCGGACAUCAAACAUGGAGGUUUUACCGAAGAGGAGGACAACACUAUCUGUAGCCUCUACCUCCAAAUGGGAAGCCGAUGGUCUGUCAUAGCUUCUCAACUACCAGGAAGAACAGAUAAUGAUGUGAAGAACUAUUGGAACACCAAAUUAAGAAAGAAGAUGAUCGCAGGAAAAAUUAACCUUACAACGUCAACUAGUAGUAGCCAAGCCACCCCUAUUAACCAUGCCACUGCUCUUCCUGCCUCAUCAACCUCAAUAGUACCACCUUGUUUUCCCAAAACCGAAACCCAUGAUUCUGCUUUUCCAAACUUACAGACCCAAAACUCUGCCGUAUCGAAUUUGACUGAUAAUAUUAAUCAUGGUUACAGUCAGAGAGUGAGUUUCAAUCCAUACUUGUGUAAUCCCAGGUUCAUGGAUUUUUCAGAGUUUGGAACAAGUACUACCACUUGCAACAACAGUCCCAUCAAUGUUAAUUAUUCAUCGUCUCAAGAAGGUUCAAGCAUUUCGGAUUCACCAGCUAUAGGUGAUCAUAAACACUGUACUGAGUCUAUGCAGCCUGGUGGUGGAAAUGUCUGCGAAGAAGAUGCUGGGAUUCUGAUGGAGUUCGGAUUUGGAUUACCUUACUAUGACAUUGUCAAUGGCAUUCCCUUCGAAGAGAAAGCGAGUGAAAUUGCCUGCAUGAGUUUAGCUGAUUGUACUAGUGUUAGUUCUAUUAUUCCACAUGGACUUAAUCAAAGUGUAAUCAACUACUAUUGAUAAAUCAAUUAGGACUAAGAAAAUUGGGGAAAAUAAAUAAUUAAUUCUCUCGUUGGUUUAUUCUAUUA